CAGAUCACGCGUUCACAGUGCAAAAAACGCUAUCAGAGGGAGCAGAGUAUCGGUGACAAUUACAUAAAGAUCGAGCGUGGGAACAAUUAAAAAGUUGCACGUGCCGAUUAUGACGCACGUGUCGCGAUAACAACAAUUCCAGACAAAACAAUUUGACGUUAUUAUAGCAGAAACACGCGAGUCCGCGUCGUGUUCAACGAUAACCCUUUAUAAGAAUAGUAUGUAUAAAGUACUUCACAAUCAAGACAUCAAACACGAGUGCUCGCGGUCAAGGGGACUGCAUGCGUAUCCUGAUCACUUCAGGGAACCUAAUAAGCUCUACCUCUAAACCAGCCGUCUGCUAAAUGAACAUUUAAAGGUUCCUGUCCUCUGGUAGGACUCUGUAUAUAGUGUACAUAUCGCUUUUCUAACAAAGGGUCUCGCUCAGAUAAGCCGAGCAAGAUCGAAGGAUCGAACAGUCACGCGGGGAUUUAAAAGGAGUCCAGAGAGCUCGAAAAGAUUGCACUAUACCCACCUUCCCGAUACAUCCGACGCACACCAGACGCACCUAGACCGCACCGGUGAUAUCAAAAAUCGCCCUACAACACUGGAUAAGCCAGAGAAACAGAGAGAAAAAAAUACGAAAAUGAGUACAGUGAAGAAAGAAGCGUCGAACGAUUUCCCUUGGUGGAUGAGGAUCUUCGCUGCAGGCACAGCAGCCUGCAUCGCUGAUCUAGCAACGUUCCCAUUGGACACCGCCAAAGUCAGAAUGCAGAUCGCUGGAGAAAGUCGUCCAAUUCAGUUGGCGGCAACGGAUGGCUCCUUGUUAGCGAUUCGAAACGCGCAGCCAGGAUUAUGGAGGACAGUAGGGAACAUCAUCAAAGUCGAAGGACCAAGGAGCCUGUACGGAGGUCUGUCCGCGGGACUCCAGAGACAGAUGUGUUUCGCCAGCAUACGGUUGGGCCUCUACGACGGGGUGAAGUCACGCUACGCUGGAAUCAUCGACGGUAAUAACAAGAGCGGAUCGAUGGAUAUUUCUGUACGAAUUGCCGCUGGAAUCACGACAGGCGCCUUGGCGGUGCUCCUUGCUCAACCGACUGAUGUCGUCAAGGUUCGCCUACAGGCUGGAAGCAUUGGACGAUCAACGGUGAGAUACAGUUCGACCCUGCAGGCAUACAAGAACAUCGCCUCCCAGGAAGGGACCCGGGGUCUUUGGAAAGGAACCGUUCCUAACAUCUCGAGGAACUGCAUAGUGAACGUGGCAGAGAUCGUCUGCUACGACAUCAUCAAAGACUUCAUCCUGGAGUCUGGCUACCUCAGGGAUGGUAUUCCUUGCCAUUUGUCUGCCGCUGUCACAGCUGGCCUGUGCACAACCCUCGCCGCGAGUCCAGUAGACGUGGUGAAGACUCGAUACAUGAACAGCGCCCCGGGCGAAUACAAAGGCGUCAAGGAAUGCGCUGUUCGUAUGAUAAAGGAGGAAGGUCUGGCAGCCUUUUACAAAGGCUUCGUGCCGAGUUUCACUCGGCUGGUGUCCUGGAACAUCGUUCUCUGGAUCACCUACGAGCAGUUCAAGAUCUACGCGAAGAACAUGAAUCAGUAAACACCGUUCGCCAUGGAACCUCCUCAUCGAUCGUAUAUACACACAUGCAUACACCGUGUUUUAAUCAACUGCAGCUUCAUAAUCUGUACUCUGAUCGUGUAGAUUAGGGAUGGGAGAACGUCUAGGUCGUGUAUUGUUUAGAUUUCGUCGUUUCGAAUAGAAUCUUUGUCUGCUGUCGUUCGUCGUUUCAUCGAUCGUUUCUCCAACUCAUUAUUCGUAUAAUUUUAAGUAGAACUGCAUGUUAUUUUGCAUCGAUUCGUUAGUUCAACUUCGUGUGUAAUAAAUAGAAUUCUUGCCUAUACGUGCCUAAAGGGUGAUGAAUUUUUGAUAGGGAAAGUUAAAUGCUGCUUCUUAGUAUACACUGUUCGCACGAAAAUAGGACUUUUCUUCAGAUUUUAAUUUUAACAAAGACUUAACAUUUACGGUACUUCAUGAUAUUGAUUAGUUUUGUCAUUUCGAUAGCUUUGUUCUGAAUGACGGCAGCCAGUUCUCCCAUCAAUCGUUGUAUCUUUAAUUUUCUUUCCGUAGUUGUGACCGUGCGUGCACUUAAUAUCUGAUAAUUAAUGUUCAUUAACGUUCGUCAUUGGAUAACUUCAACACGGAAGAAAAUUAGCCGUCAAAAAUUAUAAUUGGCCUGUAUCAAAUGAACAGUUCAAAAGUGCACGUACGAUCGGGACAAUUUUAGGAAUCUCUGAAUAAUCCAUAAAGAAACAUUUUGACUAUGUAAGUCAACCUUAGGUAAUCUAAGUAGGCCAAUAGAAAGAACGAAAAUUUUCCCUUAUGGAUAGCUAGUAUUAAAAUUGCGUACGCAUUACGAAACGCCAGACAGACAAUAAGAUUCAACAAAUUUCUUUGAAGAACUUUGCAAGGUUUGUUGAAAAGAGCUACACACCGUAUCGCGAUGAUUUUCUUUUCUAGACUCCGGUUAAUUCUUCGACGUACUGUAACCACGAGCUAAUGAGGAUCCUUCGCUUCGCUAUCAUAUAAUUAUAAUUCUCUUCUUUUUUUUUUAAUUAUGUUAAAUGGGAAUGAUUUAAUAAUCGCUGCUAGAUUUAUAAAAUACGGUCGAAUAGUUCACAAUCUCGUUUCGGGUCAAUUAAUGUUGUACAGGGCACAAUUUUUAUCAAAUUUCUGAUAGAACGAUUCGUAGUCUGUUUUUAAAGGCUAUGUUACCUAUCAUCUAUUGAUGUACGUUUCACAUUAAAGAGUAAUUCUUAACUUAUUAAUUGGGGCUGUGUCACCGUUUGUUUUUUUUUUUUUUUAAUUUACACACGUUCAUUGCCACAGUUUAUCCACGAUAAAAAUGUUCUUGUUUUCUAUGUUGUUUUAGGGAUUUCAAUAUCUCUGAUAUUCGUGGAGGCUGUAAUAGUAGUUGGUAAACCGUACAGUAUUAGUUGAUCGAUACUAUUGUAUUUUAAAAUGCUCAUCGAUUAGACCAGUUUUAGGAUACUAAUUAGUACGAUCCUCGUAGACGAUUAUCAUUAUAAUUCUACGUGAAAUUCGACUGCCUUUGAGUAACAGAAGCUGCAGAAAAGGGACAAAGUUUCCAAGCGAAUGAUAUUUAUUAUCCGAUUUUAAGAAGAAAGUAUUAUUCUCUGUCGUAUACUUUUAUUCUAUAAAAUUCUAUAAAAAUAUAAUUAUAACGAUUUUGUAAAUCGUUUGAUGAUAGCCGUUUCGAAUGACACAGUUUUUUAUGUCGCACAAAGCCAGAAAAUCAUGAGAGUAUCAUAGAAUUCAAUACACCAGCUUUGCCUGAUUAACGUAAAUUGACACGAUUUAGGGUGUUCGACGAUAGAUCGCAGGUCGAACUAUCUUUUGUCAAGCUUAUCAAAAAUUUACACAACAGAUCGACUGACUAUUUCUAUCGCCUACUAACUUUACACAUUUUUAUGCCAUAGAAAAAGUUCUCGUUUGUUCGUCGAUUCUAUAGUUUAAUCUCAGCUUUUUCGCUAGAUUCUUUUUUUCUUCAAUUUACACCCACACGUUUCCAUUUCGAACACCUUCUAUUUUGCCGCUUUAAGAGUGUCUCCCCACGAGGCUUUAGAUUUAUCGUAAGCACCGAUCCAGUGUAUGUACCGCUUAUAAAGCUUAUAUUAAAAAUGAGCAACGCGAUAAACGACCCGAAUUUGCCAAACUUCGUAGUGAUCUAUGCACUAAUUACUUUGUAGAACAAUGAAAUCGAUUAAUCACCAUGUCGAAUAUGGUUAACGCUUUGACUGCCACAGUAGUGAGAUACAUUAUUAAGGUAAUUUUAAGCUUUCAGUUUAACAUCUCGCAUUCCCUUUUCCAUUAUUAAUUAUUCGAUUACAAAUUUUAGGCGUCGAUCUUAAGUGACUACGAUGGUAGUCAACGCGUUAAGAUUUUAAGAAUACCCGGAAGAUAGGGAUAAAAAUGAAAAUGAACAUCAGUUUGAAUCAGUAGCCUUUAUUUUUCAUGAUCACAUUUGAUAAAUUACCGUAUGCACAAAGUAAACAGCGAAAAGGGAAAGGAAAAUUUCGUUUUCCAGAUGAUUAUAACAGUUUCGAAUAUUUGUCAAACUGGUUAGUUUGCGAUCUUCUUAUUGCCUGAAUUAUUUCUGUUAAUUAUUAACAUUCCUCCCGAACGAAGUUCACAAAUUCCGGUUACAGGGAAUAUACACGUUCGUAUGUUAACGAUCUCUCCUGCUCGUCCGUGAUGCUCAAAUUUAAUCGAAGUUUCAAUAUAUAAAAGACGGAUGACGCGUACGUUUUCGAAGUUGUAUACAAAACGGCGCUUCGGUUCUAGGUAGGAUUCUCCGUAGAAUUAGCUUGACAUUUGUUACGGGUUUGAAAUAAAAAUUCUUCAAAGUGUGCAGAA